UGUGUUUUCUCAGAUGUCAGAGCUGCUAGCAUUUAUCACCAACGUUAAACACGUGUGAUUCAUGUGUAAAAUCAAUUCUCUUAAUUUUUUAUAUUAAUGGAUAAAAUGAUCAUGUUCUUUAGUUUAUAGAAAACUAAUUCUAAAAACCAAUAAUGGAACAAAUAUUUAAAAGAGUUCGGCAUGUUGAUCCAAAUAACAGUGAUGCUGUGAAAGAAGUACUGUCAAACUUUUUCCAAAAUUUGCCGAAGCGCAAUGAUAUUAACAAUAAAAAGUUUUUGGACGAGUUAUUGAUUAUAAUUAACCGGUAUCCUAAAUAUUGUAUGUCAUAUCGUAAUAUUAUUGAGUCAUUUAUAAGUAAUUACUUAAGCUCCAACAAUUACUACAAUGUUAUUAAAGCAGCUAAGUGUGCACAUGCACUACAACAGGUUCGUCCUAUUCAAGAUAAGACAGCAACGCCGAAAUCUUGUUGGCGGCAGCAGAUGAACUCAUUGUGUAAUGCUGCACACUCACUCAUAGAAGUGAUAUUUGCUGAUGCUGUCGACAUUUACAGAAGUAAUGCUAAGCCUACAGAGAGUCAUUCAAAUUCUCCGUUAUCAACUGUCCUUGCAAAUAUCGUUAAAAAGUCCCAAGACAAAGACAGAUCUCAGUUGAUGAUGACAAGACUCAAGAACGUAUUCACAUUCAUACAGGCUAUGUUGGUCGAAAUAUAUCCUGUACCGAAACCAAUCCAGCCUCGUUCAAUACUAGAUGUGAUAGUGAGGUCUCUGAGUGUGAGCAGUCAACACGUGUCUCUGGACGUAGCCUCUGUUAAAGUGCAGGCCUUGAAGACGUUGGAUGCUAUGAUUCUGUGUCUGGGAUCAAACCUGAUACCAUAUUCACCUCUAGUCUUUAGACUUGCGACGCAGACUUUGAGAUGGACCUCGGACAACAUGAGCAGAACUACCGGCAAAGUUCGUUGCACAGCGUACAGUACGCUGAGCAAGUGGCUUCUAACACUGCACAUUUAUAAGAUGCCAGAAAAAAAUACCUGGGAAGAUGAUCUGACGGCGCAUGUCGUGAGGGACGUGACCCCGGCGAAGAGAGUUGUGGCGCUUACGAUGGGGCCGCAGCCGACUAAAAAUUUAAGCAAAAAAGCCAAAAGGAAAUUAGCUAAUUCACAACUGUUGCAAAGCUCAAUCGCCGCUCACAUGCCCGGGGAGAAAAAUAAGAUUGAUAUUCCAGAGGAAGUGAACAAUGAGGUCACGGUAUCAGCCUUGCAGUUCGCAGAAGUUUUCUUCACUGUUUGCGGAAGAUUCCUCAAACCGGCCACACAUAAGUUAUUCCAAGAGCGUGUCAUCCGCCAUCACUCAGCAGGGGAGACGUUGCUGUACCUGCGAGUGCUGGAGGCGAGUCGCAAGACGACGCCGGCGACCGUGGCUCCACCGACACAGUACUGUCUUCAUAUAUACAGUACGCUUGUGAACAGCUCCGACGCCGAGAUAUCAAAAUUCUGUAGUCAAGCUCUACUGGAUAUAAGACUGCACCUAUAUUGCUCGCCGCCGUCCAUCAACCUGGCUAUAGAAAUACCUCAAGAUGAAGAGGAAACGGCGAAUAAAAGGAAGAAGGUCUCGUCCAAAAACAGGGCCAUGUUAGAGUAUUUAUUAGGGCCGGAUAAAGUGCCCCGAGAUAAAGAAGACGAUGUUAUAACGAUUCCAGACGAACCGUCGAAUAAGAAACAACGUGUCGACGAAUUGGAUAGAAUAAGUCUAAGCAGCGAUUCCACCAGCACUGUUAAGAUACCGUACGGAACAGACAUCAGCUCAGACUCGGACGGGGAUAACGUCAUGGAGGUCGACGUAGUCGUCGAAAUGAAUCACACCACAGGCAGAGAGAGAGUUCUAGAAGCCGCCGACGUUCCGAAGAUAUCCAUAAACGACGAAAAGCAAUCAGGCGAUCAAAUAAGUCUAAAUGAUAUAACAAACGAUGAGAGCAACCAGGCCGACGCGAUUACUAAUGAAGACGUCUCUGAUGUUAUACAUGAAGCGCCAACACAACUGAGCACAUCAAGUGGCGCCCCCCAAGUAGUGUACGACCAUCCGGAUACAGGAACCGGCGACGUCACAGUCCUAGAGAGGAUUGACGACGAAAAUAUACCAAGCACGAACGAUACGGACGAAGAUGCGAUAACUUGCGGGCAAAUCGUACGAAGCUCGCAAGAAAUUGUCAACGGAAAUAAUGAGCCGGAAGUCAAUGGUGUGGAUAAAAUUACUGAGGACAGCGAUGUGUAUAAUAUUACCACGAAAGAUAUAAAUAAGGGGGAAGAUAAUCUUGCUGCCAAAAUAGAUGGAACCAGUGUGGAAGAUAUGAUGGCGGAUUUCGUUGAUGAAGUAAAUGAAGCUGUAGCUGUGUAAGGUGUAUAUUAUUGUUUUUUAAUCGACUUCAUCGCGAAGGAGGUUCUCAGUUCGACAUUUGUAAUAUUGUGCCAAUAAAUGCAUUUACAUA